AGAACCAUGAGACGACGCAGUAUCCUACGAUCGAUUAUAAUGAAAUCUCUGCAUUGUGUUUCAUUAAUCGUAACCACAUUUCUCAGUGUAUCCAGUGUGUUUUGAUAUCGUUUGUGUGUAAAAAGAAAUGCUUGUGUAUAAGUAAAACACGACAGUGAAAGAUAGCAAUAUGGUCAAGAGUGGAUAAAGCAAAAAUUAAAUGCCCAAGCAUAUUUGUACAGCCCACGUGAUGAUGAGCUGUAUCAUCAAAUUAUUGUUUCUGAUAUUUCGUAUAAGAAUAAAGCCGAUAUCAAAUUGACCAAUACACAACAUUCGUAUUAAUAUAUUAUUAUUAUUUUUUUUGUUAAUCGAUUCGUUGUGUAUUAUUUAUAGAGACUUAUUUUAUCAUACAAACAUGUCGCGUGUAUGUAAGGUCAGAUCAGUUAAAAACCAUUCAAGUGCAUCAUAUUUAAUAUUAAUACGGACAGCACAAUACGAUCUUGAAAGUAUUUACAAAAAAAUUUGUUGAAAACUUUGAAAUAUGAAUAAAUUAUUAUAAUUAGCUCGGGGAAUCGUUUUUUCAAGAUACGUUCCUAAAGUGCAAUCGCAGCGCCAUCAUGCACUGCGCUUGCGAUCGAAUGUGGGAAGGGCACCCAGAGUAGUGGGGGAACCGGCACGGGAGUCAUGUUCCGCGUGCGAGCGAGUGUACACACGUGUGCCCCCUCCGCUCUCUUCUCGCCACGUACAUACAAGCCGUGAAAGAACGAAACGGACGAAAAUGUCGUCGCGGAAGAGGUCGAACAUAUCGUCCGAACUCUCGGUCCAACGCUGGAACUCUUCGAAAGUUAGCGGUCGGCGACUCGUAAAGAAGACGGUGGCGGUGGGAUUGGAAAACCAGAAGAAGAAGAAGAAGUAGAAGGCAUCUCUUCGGUGUUCAAUCGACAUUCAGUACCGACAUGCGACGAGAGUGCAUCGAAUUUUUCUUCCAUCGAGGGUGUAUACCAUGUCGUUGAUCUUGUUAAAAAAAAUCAGUUCGUCAUCCAGCUAGAAGAAAACCAUGAUGAUAGGACUUUGAUUCUCGACAGUUGAUUCAGAACAAUUUGUGUCAUCGUUUAUUUGAAUUAUUUCGGGAUUGUUUUUCGUUUAUUAUUUUUGAUUUAAUCCUUCUUUUUCGGUAUUUUUUGUACGGACAAAUCUGUGAUCACACACACAUUGAAUCCAAGAAGAUCCUUAUUUUUUCAAUUAAGAAGGGAUAAAUUCCAUUUGUACUUACUACUCCACAAAAAUGGAAGACUCACCAAGAUACGAGGAUCCCGGGAUGUAUAAAAAACGAUCAACUUGUAGUUUACGGAGAUUAGGAGACAUGGUGCCAGCACGAGUUGUUCUCUAUAUGCUUUCUUUUUCCGGGUUUCUUGUUUCUUUUAUGAUGAGGACUGACAUUAAUCUUACAAUGGUGGCCAUGGCAAAACCAACUAUGAUCUCGAAUGCCACGGUCACCACAGAUACGUCUCAUUAUUGUUACAAAUCGGCGAAUCUAUCGCACGUGGAAAAUAACAACAGCAGCAACAGCAGUAACGUUGUUAGACUGGAGGAAGAGGGUGAGUUUGACUGGAGUCCAGCCAUUCAGUCUGCCAUUCUUGGCUCCUUUUAUUGGUGUUACAUCUUAUCGCAAAUAAUCGGUGGCGUUUUAACUCAAUAUUUUGGUACAAAGACCGUCUUCGGUGGAUCCCAACUUUUGACUGCAAUUUGCAGUUUACUUAUGCCCAGUGCUGCUGAAAUUCAUUACGGUGCUAUGAUAGGUCUUCGAAGUAUACAAGGAAUCGCUAGUGGGUUAACUUGGCCAGCUAUGUAUGCCAUGGUUGGACAUUGGAUUCCACCGUUAGAACGAUCUCGUUUCAUGUCUUCCUUUCAAGGGUUCAGCUUUGGGAUUGGAUUGACCUAUCCGUUGUGCGGAUUCAUCAUCGCUCAUUUUGGAUGGAAAGUGGUUUUCUACACGACCGGUACCAUCGGAUUAACAUGGUGUCUCUUCUGGUACUUCUUUGCUUUUGACACACCAGCCGCUCAUCCAAGGAUCUCUCAACAGGAGCUACGUUACAUACGUGGAAGCAUUGGCAAUCAAGUUUUGGGAACGAGCGAGGGAAUGCCCGUACCAUGGAAAUCGAUUCUUAUGUCGUGGCCAGCUUGGGCCAUUGGUAUUACAACCUUUGGAAGAAUAUGGGUCCAUUAUGUUUUUAUUAUUUCUGGUCCGAUGUAUAUAAAAACCGUCCUGGGAUUUAGCAUUCAGGCUAAUGGCAUUUUGUCAGGAUUGCCAUUUAUCUGUAGUUAUCUGAGUUCCGUAGUAUUUUGUUAUGUCGCCGAUGUUUUGGUCAAUCGACAAAUCUUAUCUUUGACGAAUGUUCGCAAAGUUUUCACGAUGUUAUCUCAAGUGAUUCCUGGAAUUUUCGUGCUUCUAAUCGGAUAUCUGGGAUGUAAUAUAAUUCUUGUAGCAAUCAUUUGGUUCAUAGCUGUUAUACUUAUAACUGCUUCCUAUGCUGGUGCAAUGGCUAAUAUUGUUGACAUAGCGCCAAAUUUUGCCGGUCCUGUAUUAGCAUUCGCACAAACUAUUCACAUGACAGCUAGUUUUCUAUCACCUAUAGCAGCUGGUCUGCUCACUCAAGAAAGCCAAGCACUCGACGCUUGGAGAAAAGUGUUCGGAGUAACUACGUGUGUAGCUUGUAGUACGUAUAUCGUAUAUCAAAUCUUUGGCACUGCCGAAAUUCAAGAAUGGAAUUAUCCUGAUCAAAAGUAUCCGCAAUCCGUUCAAGAAGAUUCUCAACCUCUUAACGAGUCACCUAGUAAGAACGGAAAAAUAGUUUCGAAUCGAGACAAUAUAGUUGAAGAAGCAUAAUGUGUAUAUGUAUAUAUGUACAGUAGACUCCUGAAUAACGCGUUGCAUAAAUUCCCAUCAUAAAAAAUACCGUGAUACGAAAUCUUUCUUUUUAUUUUACCUGAAAUAAUUUCACAUUUUUUUAAGGAUAUAUGCAUGUUGAGAAUGAAAUAUGAAUGUUGAGUAAAUUCUUUUACUAAAAGUAUUCUUGAUAAACUAGUGUGGUCACAAAUUAUUAUAAAAUUGUUAUAAAAAUUACGUUGUAAGAAUAACUCGCGUUAUAAGAGAAUCUACUGUAUAUGUUUAUACAUAGAUGCAUUUAAAAAACAGGAUAAAGUAUAAACAGAGAUAGGAAACUAUCGCCUUAUCGUCUGUACUGUUUUUCUGUUGUCUGACGCGUCUCGUUUUAUCAAGUAGAUCUUAUCGGUACAUAAUUUUGUUAUGAAAUUAUACGUAAGAAAACUUAAUUAUGACCGAUAUGAGAUUCUUAGGAUAUAUUUGGUAUUUUUAUCUUAUAAUAAGUUUCGCACACUACCAAUCAUUUUAUUUAUAAUGUUUAAAAUAUGAUAUAAUAGGGAACAAAGUUCGAAUUUCACUAGUUAGAGUAUAAUAUUUCCUCACUUACAAUUAGUUUAUAUUAUUAAGAAGAUCUCGAAACAUUAACUUCUUAUUUUUCUUACAUUAAUCAGACAUCAGAGUUUCAGUUAAUUUUAAUAUUAUUGCAUAUUAGUGAGAGAACAAUUAUUUGUGAGCAUGUAAAAGCUCUCUAAGAUUGGUUAUUCCACAAGAAAGUACUUAUUUUCAAUGUUGUCUUCAUAUGUCUGUAAAUAAGAAUUAUAGUUAUUGCUAUAAUACAAAAGUUAUUCACAUAGAAAUCAGGGUAUUGUAUAUUAUAUAAUGCUAAGAGAAUAUUUUUAUGAGGUAGUUUUAUCUCAGGAAACAAAAGAAAGGAUUAAAACUAUUAUUUGAAUUUGAUGUUUAGAUUAAAGAUAAAAGAGCACAAAGACUCAGUGAAAUAAUAAUUAGCAAUUUAUAUAACAUUGUUUUUAAUAAAGUAAUUAUAUUACUUUAUUAUUUCCUUUUAUAUAUUUUCUGUGAUCGAAUCUUCUUUUAUUUUAUUUUAUUUUACUUUAUCUACUUCCUUUUUAUUUUUAUUUUUAUGAAAAUAAUUACUCUUCUUACUUAGUAUAUCACGUACAAAAAGAUCUCGUAAAGAUAUCACGUGUGUUUAAUUACUUAAACUUAAGAAUGGUAAUUGGGUGGUAUUAUAAUAGAACGGAUGCCGAGAAGUAGAAAGAAAAAGGGAUCGGAAGAACGAUAAUUAAAAAAAAAACAAGACACGAUAGGAGAAUAAAAACAAUGCUAAUCAUUUGUUCCAAUUCGCAUUUUGCUUGAUUUUAUUAAAUCGUAAAAGCAGGUAUAGUAUUUGACAUAGUUGUUGGUUAAAAAAGAAAAAUAUAUCCUAAAAUUGACAACACUUUAAGAUACAUAAAGUAGAAUUACAAGAACAGAAUAGAUAAUGGACGAUAGAAUAUAUAUUACAUGAAUGACAGAAACUAUAUUCUGUACUAAUCAGUGCCUUGAUGUAGGUACAUUUCAUUUAUUAACUUAGUAAACUCCUUGUCACAUCUUCAAAGAAUCUUAAUACUAUGUGUACCUUUACGAUAUAUUUGAUUUUCAAAGUGUCUAGUCGGAGUUUGUAAACGAUCCGAAUCCCUUUAUCGAACUAAUGGGAUAAAACACAACAGAUUUUUUAAAUAUUUAUGUAAUCCUCAUGAAUUUUCAACAAACUUCGAUGCACUAAUUAUUAAUUAUUAAAUGUUUUAUUAUUUUUUAUUUUUAAAUAAUAAGAAAAAGAAAAAAAAUAAUAAUAGGAUAAUUAUUUUUGCAGUUAAGUUGAUAAAAUUAUAUAACAUAAGCGUCGUAAGAAUUCCUUUUUAAUAAGUUAACACACAAAAUAUUGAAGCGUGUUUGCUUAAAAGUAUUAUAUGUGUAACACUUUUGUACUUUCUUUUCUCUCUGUUAGAAGAUUUAUAUCGUUGAAUAAUUGUUUGUAUGUUAAUCGAUUAUCGAUAUACAUGAACCAUGAUAUAUUCGA